AUGUACGCGAUCUCUUUUCUACUUUCAAUCGGCUGCGUCGCCGCCUGGCCCUUCUUCAACUCUGAGACGACACCUGACUAUGAAGGACAGGUAAGGCUCUUGGGGACGUCAAAGUGGUCCCUAGAGGGGCAACCUUAGGGGCACUAAAAGGUUCUAGUAGUCCAGGGUUCAUCUUAAUUUUCCCUACAAGGGCACUAAAACUUUCAAAAGUGGCCCCUCUAGAGGUUUUUUGAUUCAGCAACUCGAGAUUCAAAAUCUAAACAAGAUAUAUCGCAUCAGUUGGAGCUCGAAAAUCGCAUAAGAAAAAAAUUACACGAUUCAAAAACUUUCAUUGAAGCUGAAAUGUCUGUUAUUAGAAAGGAGCUUUCAUUUCAAAAUGAAUAAAAAUUUUUUUAGAAAAUAAAAAAAUUAAUUUAGAAGUUUUCAGUUCGAUGCAACGGGUCGUCCAAUCAUCGUUGGCGGAAACUUUGGACCAGUUCGUUUUUCCAGUUGAAGAGAAAAAAACCUCGUUUCUAUCUUCUUAAAAAUAAGCUUUUUUUAUAAUGUUAAAAAAAAUUAAUAUUUUUUUCCAGUUCACCGGACAGCCGUUCACUGGACGACCGCCGUUCGGUUUCAGCCGGAGUCCGGUAAUUUUUUUCAAACUUUUACAGAAAAUUGAUUUUUUUGAGAAUGAAAGGCUCAAAAAAAUGAUUGGUUUAUAGAAUAAAAAAAUUAUCUAGAAAAAAAUUUUUAAAUUUCGAUUUUUCGUAAAAAAUUUUCAGUUCCACGUUGGAUUCGGCGGUAAUCAAGAGCACAAUGUGAGUUUCUCACUUUCUUUAUAAAAUGAAGGGGGCGGAGCCAAAGCUUCGCCGUUCCCAUGUGACGUCAUGGAAACAAGCGUAGGGAGUAUUAAAGGCGCAUGUUCAAUGGGUCAUAAAACGAACCGAAUUCUCCUUUUUUAAAAAACGCAAUUUUUCUGUUGUCGUGUUCAAAGCGAUUCCGCGAACCUCAAAAUAGCCGCCAGAAAUUGAAAAAUAUAACUGAAUUUCGGAAAUUCAGAGAUGAUUUUGAAUUUUGCGAAAAUUAUUUUUAACACGGGAUGCGCGAGAGCGCCGCAGUGCGUGCAGACAAAACACUUCACGGAAAAACAGGGGCGUUUGAAAUUAAAUGCAAAAAACGUGAAAAAUUCAAUAAAGAAAAAUUCCGAAAAAAAUUAACAAUAAUAAGAUUCAAAAUUCAGAAAAAUAAAUUGUAAUAAUUAUUGAAAAAUAAAAUAAAAUUCCAGCAAGGAUUCCCCGGCUUCGGUGGACAACAAGGAAACGGACAGGUAUUUUCUACUUUUUGAAAUAAAAUUAUUACAAGGAAAGGAGAAAAAUGUGACAUUUUAAAGUAAAAAAAAAGAAUUAUAGUACGAACUUUUUGAUCAGAGGAACACUGAAAUAGAUUUUUUUUCGAAAAUUUUUCUGAAAUUCAAAAAACUGAAUAAUCGAUUAUUUUCAGCGACCAGAAGGAUUCCCAGGCUUCGGAGGUCCACGUGAAGGCCAAGGAAACGGACAGGUUCGGGAAAUUAUUUUUAUAAGACUACUCGAACAUUGGCAACACGAAAUGGAAGUGUCGGAGCAUUUCUAGGGACCACUUUAGUAGCGUCAGCACUCUUAAGGGAUCCCUAGAAUUCCUCAGAAACGUCCGGUCUGAGUAAAUUGAUUUUUUUUGCUGAUUGUCCGUAGAGCGCAUGUGUUUCAUUAGAUAAAUCUGGUUACUUUGAAGACUAUUUUUUAUAUUUACAGCAAGGUUUCCCCGGCUUCGGUGGCCAGCAGCAAGGUCAAGGAAAUGGUCAGGUUAGUGAUAUAUAAAUCCAGAUUUUUAAAAAAAAUUUGGAAUUAUCCGAAAAAAGUUUCAUAUGACAGUAAUGAAGUGAAUAUAACUAUUAAUUUUUUUUCAGCAAGGAUUUCCCGACUUUGGUCACCAUGAAGGACAAGGAAACGGACAGGUUUAGAAGUUUUUCAAAAAUGGAAAUCCUAAUACAUAGGCAACUACGGAAAAGGUGGAAAGGCUGCAAAGAUAUGUUUGGAAAAGUGAAAAAAGGGUCCUUUUUUGCUGCCCUUUUGCGCCAUUUUCUCGGCCCUUAUGCAUCAUUUUUGCUGCCUUUCCCUCUUUCCACCAUUUAUUGGACCUUUAAAAUCCCAGAAAAAUGGAAGGCUCGAUAAAGGGACUCUCUUUGCUGCCUUUUUGCAACCUUUUUGCAGCCUUUUUGCUACCUUUUUGCAGCCUUUUUGCUACCUUUUUGGGGCCUUUUUUGAGCCUCUCCCUUUCAGCGGCCAUUAUCUAUCAUUCCGACUUUGCCCGAGUACUUUACCCCAAAAAAAUCGCGUAAUUUUUGUUCAUAAAGGAAGUCAUUGGCUUUUCUCUACCUUUUUUUUUAAAUAUUACCUCCGAAGUCAUUUUUGAUGUUGAAAAAUUGGAUUCAGGGACCAUUCGACGGCGUCCCGACGACAACGGAAUCCAGCUGGUUUAGCAACAUCUUCGGCAAGAAGUGA